AUGAAUUUAUUAAAUCACACAAAAAUCUCUUCAACUUUGAAACCUUUGCAAAAUCAUUAUUAUUGUCAUUGGACGAAGAACCUUAAUUAUUUAAAGUACCUUCGAACCAAUUUCUUGCAAUCAUCGUUCAAUGUGUUGGAAAAUGAAUGCAACAACAUCUCGGGUCGAAUGAUCGUUUUAAAAAGAUUCUCAUCAACGACAACGCAACAUCAUGGGAUGAUUAAGGUCAACCCGAUUGACACGAAUAAGAAGCCGAACGAUACUUGUCAUCUAACGACCUUCAACGAGGAUGAAUUCUUAUGGAGGUUGAGACUAUUUCUUUUAACGAAACAGGAUUCAACGGAUUUUUGGAAAUUCCUACGAGUUUACAUGUAUAAUAAUGUGAAAAUUCUCAACUCACAAUCAACACAUCAAACGUCAUCAUCCUUAUCAAUGAUAGAUAUCGAGCGAAUAUUCAUUAGAUUGUUUCAAAAGAGUAAAUUAACCAAUUUAAAUUUGUCACGAUGGUUUCGAAAAAUGUUACAAAGGUCAAGGAUCACGUUAAAUUCCAAUUGUUAUAACAUAAUAUUACGAAAUUGUGCGUCAAAUGAAUUUUUAAUAAAUCAAGAUCAAAAGAUCUUUGCGGAAAUGAAAAAUCUUGGUCUCACCCCUACAAAGUUCACGUUGCAACAAUUGAUAAGGGAUUAUAGCAGUUUAGGAAAAAUGAAUCACGUUAAAAGGUGGUUUAACGUUUUACUAGAUUUAGGAUAUCAACCGACGAGGGAAAUUUAUAUUUACUUAAUACGUGGAAGUAUUUCGGUCAAUGAUGUUGGAUCCGUUAAUCAUUAUUUGAGGGAGAUGGUUGAAUCGAAUUUCAAACCGUUAAAAGUACAUGUUGAUGAAUUUAUGAAACGUUGCGCUUUGAAUGAUCGAUCCCAGGAUUUAAAAUGGGCUUUUGAACGAUUUUACGUAAAAGGUGAUUGGAAUGUCACAAGUGACACCUAUAAUUGGAUGUUGUUGUCUUGUUCCAAACGGAGGGAUGUGCAUCUCGCAAGAAGAUACUUUGAUGAAAUGAUCAAAAGAAAAAAUUUAAAACCAAACGCUUUAACUUUUCAACAUUUAAUAACGAUGCAAAUUGGACCUUGUGAGUUUGGAUUUCCUGGACCUGAAACAAAUCCUUCUAAAAAUUUGAACGAAGCCAUGCGAUUAUAUAAAAAAAUGAGACAAGAGUUUUUGAUAAAACCAAACAUGUACAUCUGUUUUAUCCUAAUAAGGAGGUUGAUAUACCACCAUGAAAACGAUAAAUUACCAACAUCAUAUAUCAAAAUCCUUCCCGAACUAUCAUAUGAAUUAUUGAGCAAACUUCCAUUUAAUAAUAAUCCAACGAUUUCGAUGAAAGUUAGCAAUAAAUUUUUACGACAACUUUUUUCAACUUUUUUAAGAUAUGGAUAUUUAGAAGCUGCACGAAAUGUAUAUAAAACGAUGCGAAAGAGGAAUUAUAAUUUUGCAAUUGAAACCGGUUCAUGGAAUUUAAUCGAGUCUUUUGCAAGCAAAGGAAAUUAUUUUUCGGCGUUACAAAUUUUUCAUGAAAUGAUUUCAAAUGACGUUAAACCUCACCCACAUCAUUUAUAUUUGUUAUUAAGAGGGUAUUUUCAAAACAAUGAUUUUAAAGGUGGGUUGGAAUUUUAUAACUUGAUAGAAUCUCAUCAAUUAAUUCCCACAAAAGAUAUUUAUCACAUCGUAAAUAAAGUUUUGGUUGAUAUUAAAGAUAUACAACAAGCUAGAGAAAUUUGUCAAAAAUUAAUCAAGUAUCAUGAAGUUUCAAAUAUGGAUACCUUGAAGAUAUUAAUUAAAGUUGGAUGGGUUAAAGCCUAA